GGAAAAGUAGUAUGAGGCCUGAGAACCAGAGCAGUGUGUCUGAUUUCCUCCUCCUGGGGCUCUCCAUUCCACCAGAGCAGCAUGUCAUAUUCUUCGCGCUGUUCCUGAUGAUGUACUUGACAAUGAUGCUGGGGAAUCUGCUCAUCAUCCUGCUUAUCAGGCUGGACUCUUCCCUCCAUACUCCCAUGUACUUCUUCCUUAGUCACUUGGCCUUCUCUGACAUUUCCCUUUCAUCUGUCACAAUUCCAAAGAUGCUCGUGAACAUGCAGACUCAGGAAAAAUCUAUCCCCUUUGUGCAGUGCAUCUCUCAAAUGUGUUUCUUCUUUGUUUUUGGUUGUCUAGACAAUUUCCUUCUUGCAGUAAUGGCAUAUGACAGAUAUGUGGCUAUCUGUCAGCCACUGCACUACACAACUCUUAUGAGACAGGAGCUAUGUGUCUCAUUAGUAGCUGGGUCCUGGUUCUUCAGUUGUGCACAUGCUCUGUUGCACACAUUCCUCUUGGUCCAACUGUCCUUCUGUGCUAACAAUGCCAUCCCCCACUUUUACUGUGACCUCACUGUGCUCCUGAAGAUGAGCUGCUCAGACAUCUCCAUCAAUGAGCUUGUCAUCUUCACUGAGGGAGGAAUGCUAUUCUUCUUGCCAUUGGGCAGCAUCUUGGUGUCAUAUAUCUGGAUUUUGGCCACCAUCCUGAGGGUCCCCUCCAAGAAGAGACUCUUUAAAGUAUUUUCUACCUGUGGUUCCCAUCUCUUUGUGGUGUUUUUAUACUAUGGAACAGUUGCAGGUGUUUACUUUUUCUCUUCAUCAGGGGGCCCCAAUGGCAAAGAUAUAAUUGCUUCAGUCAUGUAUACAGCUGUUACCCCCAUGCUGAACCCCUUCAUAUAUAGUCUGAGGAACAGAGAUAUAAAACGGGCCCUAAAAAUAUUUAUCAAUAGGCUAGCUUCUUGA